AUGUCCAGUAUCAUGAGUAAAGACAAUACCACUCUAUUUACUCCCAAUGCGGAGAUUGAUCCCACCCAACUAACCCAAAUGAAAUCCCGGUACGAGGAAGAAAGAAAGAAACGGCUCCGCCACGACGGUAACGCACAGUUCAUCGAAGUCGCAAAGUCAGCUCAGUAUGAGCAUUUUGCGGAUGAUCCGUGGGUUGAGCCUACAUCAAUUCAACCUCUCCAAACCAAGUUCCCCGAGAAGCGAAGCGAAAUCCUCAUCAUCGGCGCCGGAUGGGGCGGGAUCCAGAAUGCCGUCCGUAUGGUCGAGGAUGGCAUACCAGCCGAAGACAUUCGGAUUAUCGACCCAGCUGGUGGCUUUGGUGGCACCUGGUACUGGAAUCGGUAUCCCGGACUUAUGUGUGAUAUUGAGAGCUAUACCUAUCUCCCAUAUCUAGAGGAGACGGGAUAUGUACCCAAGCACCGGUAUUCGCAAGGCGAAGAGAUCCGGGAGUAUGCCAAUCUUGUUGUGCAGAAAUGGGGAUUGGGAGACUGUGCUGCUUUCCAAACUCAAGCACAGAAGAUUGUUUGGGAUGAUGAUGCUAAAGAAUGGUUGGUCGACCUAAUCCAGCGUCGUAAGGGCCAAUCUCCAGAGAGUCUCCAAAUUCGCUCCAGGUUUGUGACCAUUGCUGCCGGUGUACUUAACUGGCCCAAGCUGCCGAACAUCCCGGGGAUUCUGGACUACCAAGGUGACAUGUUCCAUUCUGCUCGUUGGGCAUACCAUGUCACAGGUGGGUCACCCAAAGACCCUGUGCUUGCCAAAUUGAAGGAUAAGAAGGUCGUGAUCAUUGGCACAGGAGCGACGGCGGUGCAAAUUGUUCCGCAGCUCGCAAAAUGGUGCAAGCACCUCUAUGUCAUACAGCGGACGCCAGCCUCAGUGGACGUCCGUGAUCAGCAAGAGACUGACGAAGAAUGGUUCCGUAAAGAGGUUGCACAAUCAAACGGAUGGCAACGAGAGCGAAUGCGGAACUUCCACCAACAUUUCACUCUUGGCAAGAUGCCAGCAGUCAACCUGGUCAAUGAUGGAUGGACCCGCGCUCCUGGCUUGGUUGGUCUAACCGGGUAUACAGAGGGACCUAAAACACCCGAAGAAAUCCCAGCAUACACAGCCCGAUUGGUUGAGAUUGACGCUCCCCGGCAAAAGCGCAUCCAUGCUCGCGUGGAUGAAGAAGUGAAGGACCCCUUCACCGCAGAGAAACUAAAGCCAUGGUAUCCGGUAUGGUGUAAACGCCCAUUAUUCCACGACGACUACCUUAAGACUUUCAACCAAGACAACGUGACUCUCAUCGAUACCGACGGCAAUGGCAUCGACCGAAUGACGGCAGACUCACUAGUUAUUGACGAUAAAUCCUACCAGGUCGAUGUUGUCGUCUUUGCGACAGGCUUCCUUGCGCCGCCUGCUGGUACCCCAUCUGAGAAAUCAAACAUGUCAAUCAUAGGCUUAAAUGGAGUCUCCAUGAGUGAGGAAUGGCCUCGCUUCGGCCCUACGACCCUGCACGGUGCCAUCGAUGUCAAAUUCCCAAAUCUCUUCCUCUGUGGACCUCAGCAGGCAUCUACAAGUGGCAACUAUCGCUUUAACCUCGACGAGUACGCGAAGCACAUCUCGUAUAUAUUGACUGAAGCAAAACGUAGGGCCGGUGGUGUGCAAUUCGUUGUUGCCCCAUCCACAGAGGCAGCAGAGGAUUGGGGCAUGCAACUUAUGAUGCAUUCUGCGCCAAUGGGGGUUGCAAUUGGAUGCACACCGGGAUACUUUAAUCUGGAAGGUGACCUUGAUCGUAUGCCACCCCAGAAACAGAUGGUCUUGGCGCGGUCGGGUCUUUGGGGCUCGGGAAUCGAACAUUGGCUUGGUAUUAUUGAAAAGUGGCGAGCUGAGGGCGACAUGAAGGGUAUUCUGGUGCGUUGA